ACAUGACUCAGAGCGUCACAGGCGGAAGGUCACGGAGCAGCAGAACGGAACGGAAGCGGGAGUAAAAAAGCCUGUCCGCCAUUGUGGAAUAUGGUGAAGGGAUAUUCCAGUAAGACACUAGUCACUUUCAGAUUGACUGUCUAAGACCCCAGAAAUCUGUGGCAGGAUCCGACACAUUCACCGAAGCCUUCUCCACACACACACGCACACACGCCGCAGUUUUUUAACAACCAGAAGAACAGGAUCGUCAUCAGGUUUUGGUCCAAAAGGGAGGAAAACACCGCCUUGUAACCCACUACAGGGUGAUUGGACAACCCGAGAGACGAGCCAGGAAAGCACCGGAGAGAGAGCGAGAGAGAGAGAGAGAGAGAGAGAGAGAGAGAGAGAGAGACAGAGAGAGGAAGGGGGAAGCCGUGGACAGUCUCACUAAAACAGCGAUCAGUUUCGGUUCCUAGAGGAUGUCUGCAACCACAGUCGAUCAGAGACCUAAAGGACAAGGAAAUAAAGUGCAAAACGGAUCAAUGCAUCAAAAGGAUGGAGUAAACGAUGAUGAUUUUGAGCCUUACUUAAGCGGCCAGACAAAUCAGAGUAACAGCUAUCCACAAAUGUCUGACCCCUACAUGCCAAGCUACUAUGCUCCUUCAAUCAGUUUCCCCUACUCUCUUGGAGAAGCUGCUUGGUCCACAGCAGGAGACCCCCCAAUGCCCUACCUAACUACCUAUGGACAGAUGAGUAAUGGCGAACCGCAUUUCAUCCCAGACGGUGUGUUCAGCCAGCCAGGGGGCCUGGGGAACACCCCUCCCUUCCUGGGCCAGCACGGUUUCAACUUCUUCCCUGGUAACGCAGACUUUUCCACCUGGGGUACCAGCGUCUCUCAGGGUCAGUCCACACAGAGCUCUGUCUACAGUAACAGCUAUGGGUACGCCCCCAGCUCUCUGGGUCGGGCUAUUACAGAUGGACAGGCAGGGUUUGGAAGUGACACCCAGCUUAGUAAAGUUCCCGUGCUGAACAGCAUUGAACAAGGUAUGACAGGGUUAAAACUGGGUACGGACAUGGUGGCAGCUGUCACUAAAACCGUGGGUUCCCCCCUGGGAGGUACGGCAGGUAUGAGCAGCAUGGCGGCCAAUAGCCUUCCUCCGUCUGUCAGCUCGUCUGCACCUAAACCCGCCUCCUGGGCAGCCAUCGCCAAGAAGCCGGCCAAGCCACAGCCCAAGGUCAAACCCAAAGCCAACAUGGGAAUGGGGGGAGGUGCUGCAAUUCCCCCACCACCCAUAAAGCACAAUAUGAAUAUUGGUACUUGGGACGAUAAGGGCUCCCUGAACAAGCCCCCAUUAGCUCAGACUAUGAUGCCCCCGCAGCCUCUGUUGCAGCAGCCCCUCCUCGCUCAGCACCAGACCUUACUGCAGAACCCACUGCCCCAUCAGCCUCAGCACCAACACCAACACCAACACCAACACCAGCAUCAACACCAACAUCAACACCAACAUCAACACCAACACCAGCCCUUCCAGCUUCAGUCUCUUCAGUCCCCCCAACACCCCCAACACCCACAACACCCCCAACACCCCCAUCCUCUAGCCCCCGGGCCCCCACACCUGCACCUCACCUCUCAGCGGCCCCCACAGCCCCUUCAUCAGCAACAACCCCAGCAGCCCGGUCCACCCCCCAACCGCUGGGUGGCUCCCAGGAACCGAGGUGAGGGCUUUGGUCUUGGUGGGGGGGUCCCAUUGAGUGCCUCCCCUUGCUCUGGAGAAGUGCAUCCCGUGCUGGAGAAACUCCGCACCCUCAACAACUACAACCCCAAAGACUUUGACUGGAACUUGAAAAACGGACGCGUUUUCAUUAUCAAGAGCUAUUCAGAAGACGACAUCCACCGCUCCAUCAAGUACUCUAUCUGGUGCAGCACAGAGCACGGCAACAAGCGUCUGGACGGUGCCUACCGCUCGCUGGGCAACAAGGGGCCCCUGUAUCUGUUGUUCAGCGUCAACGGCAGUGGGCACUUCUGCGGCGUGGCUGAGAUGCACUCACCGGUGGACUACAAUGCCUAUGCAGGCGUCUGGUCUCAGGACAAGUGGAAGGGCAAGUUUGAGGUGAAGUGGGUCUUCAUCAAAGACGUGCCCAACAACCAGCUUCGUCAUAUUCGGCUGGAGAACAAUGACAACAAGCCAGUGACCAACUCCAGGGACACUCAGGAAGUGCCUCUGGAGAAGGCCAAACAAGUGCUUAAAAUAAUCGCCACUUACAAGCAUACCACCUCAAUCUUUGAUGACUUUGCACAUUAUGAGAAACGUCAGGAAGAGGAGGAGGCUCUGAGGAAGGAGCGCAAUAGAAAUAAACAGUAACCUUCAAGCAAGCUCUCUGCUGGAACUGCAACACUAAUGACGUAGGACCUUAAAUACAAAUGUUUGCCUAACCACGAGGAGGAACGGCUCUCACAAUCUUUUUCGCUGAAGACAACAAUGUAUCUGAGCACUUGAACAUGAAGAUAGGUGGACUCAUCUGUACUUGUUGACUGGUGCAUCAAACCCCGUGUUCCUGUCUCACAAGAUAAACAACGUAACCCACUUUCUCUAAAGCACUUUCAGUCCUCCUAAACAGCCUCUACCAUUACCCCUUAACUGUCUAACUGUGUUCUUCUUCUUCUUUGAUUUUUCGUUUGUGAACGACUAACUGACUAACCCGAGUAGUCAGCAGAUUUCACAAGGCUUAUUUGUAAUUUUUUAAAUGCCUCAAAUGUUUAGGAUAUUGGCAAGCUUCAUGAAGAGAAUUAAAGAUGAUAUAUAUGAAUUAAUCAGCUACUUGAAUCUGUAUUCAGCCGUCUGAUCCUCGUCAGACAGAGGUUCACAUGAUUGACAGAUGGGACGAACUAAUUGGGAAAACAGCCACAAUCAUGCCAAUCAUAAGAUGAAUCCUUCCCCCUACCUGUUCACUUCCUUUCUGCAUAUGUUACCAUGUACCAAAAGAUUAUAAUUAUGCAGCAGGCUGGCAAUCACUGGCCAGUGCACAUCUUUUUUUCUUUUUUUUUUUUUCUCUUGUGAUUCUGUCAUUCUGAAGUGCAUUUGUCUGAGGAGAAACCUGCUGCUCCUUUGUCGAUGUCCUCUGCUGUACCUCAGGCUCAAUCAGACUGUCUGUCCUCAACAACUCUGUGCACUUUUGGGAGAACCCCCCCCCCCACCCCCACCCACCCAUCACCCCUUCUUUCUACUUGGCUUGACCGGGAUUCCCCCAAAAACUGCAAGACAUCGACUGACAGGAUGUGACGGGUUUCUCCUCUAGGUGACUCACUAGCUAAAUAAAAUUACCCAUGUUUAGCGCAAA